AUGAGGAUGACAUUCCCAGAAGAAAUGGAAAUGGUACCAGGAUGUGGUUUUGCUUUUGUCUACGAAGCUCAAGAUCUUGGAAGCGGCAAAGAUUAUGCUUUAAAGCGAUUAUUGUCUAAUGAAGAAGAAAAGAACAAAGCCAUUAUUCAGGAAGUUUGUUUUAUGAAAAAACUUUCAGGUCAUCCCAACAUUGUCCAGUUCUGCUCUGCUGCUUCUAUAGGAAAAGAAGAAUCAGACACGGGACAGGGAGAGUUUCUUCUGCUUACAGAGCUGUGUAAAGGACAGCUGGUGGAAUUCUUAAAGAAAGUAGAAUCCAAAGGACCAGUCUCCUGUGACACAGUUUUGAAGAUCUUUUAUCAGACCUGCAGAGCAGUGCAGCACAUGCACAAACAGAAGCCUCCUAUUAUCCAUAGAGAUCUGAAGGUGGAAAACUUGCUUAUUAGUAACCAAGGGACGGUUAAGCUUUGUGAUUUCGGCAGUGCUACAACUAUAGCAUACUAUCCUGACUACAACUGGUCUGCACAAAAGAGAGCACUGGUUGAAGACGAGAUCACAAGGAAUACAACACCAAUGUACAGGACACCAGAAAUGAUAGACUUGUACUCAAAUUUUCCAAUUGGUGAAAAACAGGACAUUUGGGCUCUGGGCUGUAUCCUGUACUUGCUGUGCUUUAGGCAGCAUCCAUUUGAAGACGGAGCUAAACUUCGCAUAGUCAACGGGAAGUACGUCAUCCCCCAAAAUGACACUCGCUAUUCUGUGUUUCACGAUCUCAUCCGCUCCACUUUGAAGGUGAACCCAGAGGAGAGAUUGUCAAUUACUGAAGUUGUGAAUCAACUGCAGGAGAUUGCAGCAGCUAGGAAUGUGAAUCCUAAAUCCCCCAUCACAGAGCUCCUGGAACAAAAUGGAGGCUAUGGAAACAAUGCUCAGCCCCGGACAUCUGUGACCUCUGUUUCACAGAGCUCCAAGCCUGCAGGACAGCUCAACAAUAUGUACAAUGCAGGCCUGACCGUUGCGGAAUGUGACCAGACUUAUGGAGGGUUCUUUGAUAUUCUGAGGGGUGGAACAGAGCGAUUUUUCACUAAUAUUAAGGAUACAUCUUCUAAAGUUAUCCAGUCUGUGGCCAA